AUGUCAGGCUUUUCUUUUGGUACUCCGACUACGUCGGUUUCCUCUAAACCAUCUGGAUUUUCUUUUGGUUUACUCGGAACAGGACAAAAUGCAACUACUGCCUCACCGUCGUUUAGUUUUGGCUCUGCUACCACAACAGCAUCCACUGUUUCGAGUAGCUUCUCUUUGGGGACUCCGGUUGCCACCACUAAUGCAACAUCCACCACUGCAACUCUACGUCCAGGCUUUGGAUUGCCUGCCUUAGGAAACAAUCCAACAACUACUUCUACAUCCGUGCCGGGUAUUGGAAUAUCGUCGGGCUUGUCGACUCCAGCUGCACCUGCUUUUGGUACGCAAGCGACGACAAGCACCACCAGUGCGGCAAAGUCAAUGUUUGGGUUCGGUUUGGACUCUAAGCCAGCUGUUACAACAGCAUCAACUGCCGUGGUGUCGUUUGCAGCACCUGCAACUACGGUCGCUGCCCCAGUAACAAGUAAUUUUGCAUUCGGCUCAAGACCAACAUCUACAUCCGUUGCCACCACAGCUGCUGCACCAGCUACAUCUUCAAUCUCCUUCGCGGCAACCACUGCUGCAAUUUCUGGGACUACCACAACUACAGGUGUUUUAAACUUUGGUGGAUCUACAACCACAACGCCGUCAUUCAGUCUCGACACAGCGAAAUUUGCAACUACAAACUCUCCAGCAGUUGCCUCCACUACUAGUACAACUAGUGUACCAGUGAGCAGUGCUGCGCAACCCUCAGCUAAUACGUCACUCACCUACAGACAGCUAGAGGACAUGGUUAAUAAGUGGACCUAUGAACUGGAUGAGCAGAGUCGAAACUUCUCCGUUGAGCUCAAGCAGUUAAACACAGCAGAUAGGGUGUUGACUGCGAACGCAGAAAAGAUCUCAGAUUUGCAUGCCAAAAUAGAGGCUUGUAAAGCUGGACAGAGCCGCAUAGAACAAGAACUCGAAUUUGUGGAAUCGCAACAGCGGAUCCUUGAAGACCUUUUAGAGCCCCUGGAGCAGGCGGCGGCCGAUUUACCUCCCAGCCAACAGCACGCCGACGCUGAGCGUGAGGCCAUUUUCCAGGUGUGCAUCAACACCGAUCUCGAAUUGGGACAGUUACUGGGUGAAUUGAAAGAAAUGGCCGAGCGGGUGAAUGCUGUAACGGCUGAUCUUGAGUCGGCUACUGGCGGUGAUGGGGACGGUGUGGUUCUGGCUGGCUCCACAGACAAGACAACGAACGUCAUUGGUCAAGUGACGCACAUUCUAAAUUCUCAUAUGCACUCUCUCAACUGGCUAAACCAGAAUACCCGUGAGUUUAAUUUUUUUUCCAAAUUGUUAGCAUUUUUGAAGUCCCCGAAUUCAAUCCUUUUACCACGUUGCGCCAACAUCAAAUCAAGUGAAACACACCACCUGGAAGCACAGCCGAGUGUCCUGCGUCCAGUCAAGCGGAUAGCGUGUGGCCAGGGCGCCGUCAGGGCGGUGCGCUUCAACGCGGACGGCCAGUACUGCCUCACGGCCGGGGGCAACCGAAGCAUCCGACUGUGGAAUCCGUCGGUGGGUCGCCUCCUCAAGACCUACGUCGGUCACGGUGGCGAGGUCUCUGAUGUUCAGGUUAGUUCAUUACUCGAUGCGCAUUUCACUUGUGUUGCUAAUUCUAAUACGUCAUUAUCAUUGUUGUUAUUUGCCAAGGACAGCAGUACUUCGCAUUGGUUGUAA